AUGGCGAUAGUUCCGCCCCCGAUCCCUACGUUUGCAGAGGAUACAAACCAGCUCAGUCAAGAAUACGGGUCGUUCCUUCACCGUGUCACGGUUGAUGAUUCCGACGCGAACCGACUUUAUAUCAAAACCAAGGAAAAUGUUACUCUUACGGUUGAAUUUUCUUCUAAAGGCUGGAAGGUUUGCAAAGUAGAGCCUGAUGAUGCGCCGCUCCAAGUUAAAGCCCUCGAAAACGAGAUAUACGAAAUGCCUGAAGGGUUUCUUAUGGCCGCCAGUGAUGAAUUCAAACGGUUAUGGCACGAAUCAUUAGUCAUGAAGCUAUCUAAUCUUACUAGAUUUGGUAGUGACGACGGGGAGGAAGAAAACAAAGCAUUACAUACUUGUAUUUGA